AUAACCUUUGCGACUUCCAUCUGUUCCCAGUUUCCACUGUCCAAGUUCUCAACAAUGGCGGGCUCGAACCUGAAACAAAGCCACUGCAACAUACGUAGCAGCCAAUACCUCGGAGAAAUCUCAGCCCUCUGUUUUCUCCACCUUCCCUCUCAUCUCUCUUCCUUUCCUUAUCUCCUCGCCGGAACUGGUUCUCAAGUUCUUCUUUAUGAUCUAGAAUCAGCAAAGAUGAUCAAAUCUUUUCAAGUCUUUGAAGGCAUUCGCGUACAUGGACUCAUUUGUAGCUUGCCUGAUAAUACUUUAACUUGUAAAGUCGUUGUUUGCGGUGAAAGAGAUAAUUUAUUUAACUUAAGCUCUGAAUUAGUGUCCAAGUCAAAAACCCAGAGUGAUUUUCGCGUGGACUUGAGCUUAAUUCAUUCUUUGCCGAGAUUUACUCAUUGGGUUCUAGAUGUUUUGUUCUUAAAGAACCAUUGUCUUGCCAUAGGAUGUAGUGACAACUCUGUCCAUGUUUGGGAUAUAUUGAAGUCUAGUUUGGUUCUUCAAGUCCAAUCUCCAGAUAGGUGCCUUUUGUAUUCCAUGCGAUUAUGGGGUGACAAUCUUGAGGCUCUUCGAAUUGCAUCUGGCACAAUUUAUAAUGAGAUUAUAGUUUGGAAAGUCAUUUGUCAACAUGAUUCACCUAGUUCAACAAGUUCAGUGAAAGUUUGCAAGAACUUAAGCAACUCCACUUCCAACUUUUCUGAGUGUUAUGAUCAGGAGUAUAAAGCUGUUCACAUAUGUGGACUUGUGGGACAUGAAGGUUCGAUAUUUCGCAUUGUCUGGUCUUCUAGUGGAGCCAAACUUGUUUCUGUCUCAGAUGAUCGGAGUGCUCGUAUCUGGACAAUUCCUGGUAUGCAAAGUGAUUGUGAUGACAAAAGGGAGGUUGUAGGCCCUGUGCUUUAUGGCCAUAGUGCUCGGAUUUGGGACUGCUGUAUUUCUGAUAAUUUAAUCAUUACUGCUGGUGAGGACUGCACAUGUCGUGUGUGUCUGGAUGGAAAGCAGCUUAGGAUGAUUAAGGAACAUAUAGGAAGAGGAAUAUGGCGAUGUUUAUAUGAUCCAAAUUCUGCACUUCUCGUUACUGCUGGGUUUGACUCUGCAAUUAAAGUUCACCAGUUGCACACUUCUUUUUGUAAGACGUCGGAGUUGGAGGGAGAUGCUGAAUCUGAAGGUACCAUUGAGGGAGCACAGAUAAUCACUACUCGCAUCCCAAAUUCAAUGCAGCAUGCUGGACUCAUGGACAGCAAAAGUGAAUAUGUGCGCUCCUUGUAUUUUAAAUGUGAAGAUACCAUUUAUGUUGCUACAAAUCAUGGUUAUUUGUAUCAUGCUCUAUUAUCUGAGACAGAGGAUGUUAAUUGGACUGAACUGGUCCGUGUCGGUGGAGAGGUUCCAAUUGUUUGUAUGGAUCUGUUGUCCACAAGCCUUUCUGAAAAUCAUUGUGGUAUAAAUGAUUGGAUUGCUAUUGGAGAUGGUAAAGGAAACAUGACAGUUGUUGGAGUCACGGGUAAUCGUUCCCCACCUCAAGUGGGCUUCACCUUUAGUUGGUCAGCUGGAGCAGAGAGGCAACUCUUAGGAACUUACUGGUGUAAGUCACUUGGAUGUAGGUAUGUCUUCACAACUGAUCCCAGAGGAAUUUUGAAGCUGUGGAAGCUAUAUGACCCCUCAAUAUCUGUUUGUCAGGAUUCUGGAAGAAUUACCCUUAUAGCAGAAUUCCCUUCAAGCUUUGGAAUACGAAUUAUGUGUUUGGAUGCAUCAUUUGAGGAAGAGGUACUGGUCUGUGGAGAUCUGCGUGGUAAUCUGGUUCUGUUCCCUUUAUCAAAGGAGCUGUUGCUGUCCACAUCUGCCUCUUUAGGUGUAAAGAUAUCUCCACUAAGUUAUUUCAAAGGAGCUCACGGGAUUUCGACCGUGUCCAACAUUUCAGUUGCUAGAUUAAGUCACAAUCAAAUUGAAGUCCGAACGACUGGAGCAGAUGGGUGCCUAUGUUAUUUUGAACAUGACAAGGGCCGAGAAAGUUUUGAAUUUAUAGGAAUGAAACAAUUGAAAGAAUUGAGUUUGAUUGAAUCUGUCUUUGCUGACUUAAAAUCUGCUGAUGAUCUGGCAAACUGCAACUAUGCAGCUGGUUUUGCAUCAACGGAUUUCAUAAUAUGGAAUUUGAUAACCGACGCAAAGGUUCUGCAAAUUCCAUGUGGGGGGUGGCGCCGUCCUCAUUCUUAUUACCUUGGUGAUGUACCAGAGAUAAGGAACUGCUUUGCAUAUGUCAAGGAUGAAAUUAUCUAUAUUCAUAGGCACUGGUUACCAGAAGGUGUGGGGGGGAAAUUCCCCCGGAAUUUACACUUACAGUUUCACGGGAGAGAGAUGCAUUCCUUAUGCUUUGUCUCUGAAAAUUUGCAAGUUAGGAAUGAAGAGGAAACUUUAGUUGAUAAAUUUAUUUGGAUUGCAACUGGAUGUGAAGAUGGAACUGUGAGGUUAACUAGGUUUACUCCGGAAGUGGAGAAUUGGUCUGCAUCAAAAUUGCUCGGGGAGCAUGUUGGUGGAUCUGCUGUUAGAUCAAUAUGCUUUGCGUCAAAGACGCACAUAAUUCCUUCAGGUGUAUCCACCAUGCCUGACAUGCAGGAAGGACAAAAUGAUACUUCAGAUGGCAAACAAAAUCCAUGUUUGCUGGUUUCUGUUGGUGCAAAGCGAGUUCUGACAACUUGGUUACUAAGAAAUAGGAGUCUGGAUGAGGAAGAAAUAUACCCAAGACAAAAUCUCAACAGAUGUGAAACUGGGCAUAAUCCAAUAGUCAAACAGUGUUCACCAAUGUCAUUUAGGUGGCUCUCCACUAAUAUGCCUGUUAAAAGUUCCAUCAUGGGAGGAAGCGAAAAAAUUGCGAGUGCUGCCAAUGAAGUUGCUAGCCUCAAUAAUGAUGCAAAGACCGGAACAACUAAGAAAGGGGGAACAGAGUCAAAAACUUGCUUGGGGAAUAAGUAUGAAGAUGAUUGGAGAUACCUUGCUGUGACAGCUUUUCUUGUUAAAUGUGCUAAUUCUAGGUUAACCGUCUGUUUUGUCGUCGUUGCUUGUUCAGAUGCCACAUUAACAUUACAGGCUCUGGUCUUACCACAUAGAUUAUGGUUUGAUGUUGCUUUAUUAGCUUCGAUGUCAUCUCCGGUUUUAGCAUUGCAGCAUGCAGUUGUUCCUAUGCAUACACCUUCUAAAGGAAACAUCCAGAUUAGCAGCCUAUACCUUGUGAUAAGUGGAGCUACCGAUGGCAGUAUCGCCUUUUGGGAUAUAACUGAAAGUGUUGAAACAUUUGUGCAGCGAGUUUCUAGUCUUAAUAUAGAGAAGUUCAUUGAUUGUCAGAAACGGCCACGUACAGGAAGAGGAAGUCAAGGAGGGCGGCAGUGGAGAUCAUUGAACAGUAGUAUGUCUAAGAGAAGAUUUGGUGGUAACUCUGUAACUAAAAAUGCUGGAGACGUGGAUAAUAGUGACUUGAAUGUUACGCGUUGCCCAUCCUUGGAAUUAAAUGACGUUGAAAGGAGCUCAAAGAACUCUUCGCAAGCUGAGCAUAACACUUUGCUCGAGCCAGAAACAAGCAGAACUGAUUCCUUAGCUGAGAUAUGUGAAAUACAGCCUAUACAUGUUAUGAACAAUGUACACCAAUCCGGUGUGAAUUGUCUCCAUCUUUCAGGGGACCUCCGAGAUUCCGAGAACUGUUUUCUGCUUAAUAUUGUCAGCGGGGGUGAUGACCAAGCACUUCAUUAUCUUCGAUUUAAGCUGACACAGUCAUCAACUGAGUUAGAUGCUAAACUUCCGACCUCAGAAACAAUAAUAUCAACCAUCCAGUCUGAUAGUAUUGACAAUGUUGUAUAUUAUAACAAUCCGAACCAGUCCCGUAAUUAUCACAUCAGAUUCUUCAAUCAACAUAGAAUCUUUUCAGCUCAUACUUCUGCUAUAAAAGGCAUUUGGACAGAUGGGACCUGGGUGUUCUCAACCGGUCUCGAUCAGCGUAUCCGGUGUUGGCUUGUUGGGGAUCAUGGCAAACUAUCCGAGCAGGCUCAUCUAGUCAUUAGUGUGCCAGAGCCAGAAGCGUUAGAUGCAAGAGCGUGCGGCAGGAACCACUAUCAGAUUGCUGUUUCUGGAAGAGGGAUGCAAAUGGUCGAGUUCUUCCUCCCUUGAAGGUAAAAAGUUUUGCAGCAUCAUCAGCAUAUAGGUACCAACUUCUUGUGCAGCUAGCUCUAAUGUGAGGUCAUCCCGGAUUAAUCAACCGUUAUCCCUGUCGGUUGACUUGCGAAUCCAAAGAAGGGUGGUCCGACUUACCAUUUGUUUUAUUUCCGAGCAAAGCAGCCUCGAACACAGCUCAUUUAACCCUAACCAGAAUGGAUGGACUAUUGCUACCUUGGACUUCCAGUGGUUAAUCAUCUGAGCUCGAGUGUUAUACCAAAAGAAUUCAAGAUGAUUGAAAUUCAAAGUCCAAUAACUAAUGGGAUUUACUUGCGUGAUUAAUAUUAAUUAGUUGUGUCAAAGUCCAAGGUUGCCUUGAUGACUCUGUUUUGUUACUUGAACAAAAACAUUGAAUGUUCCUGCCCUAACCUCAUCAUCAAGAGCUCGGACAAAAUUUUUAGGAUUUAUUUCCUUUCAUUGGAUGAGAUCAUAUGAGAGCAUAGACUGAAGAAUUGGUAAAAUCAAUAAUAUUCUACUGAUUAAUUUUCUAAA